AACCAGUAAACUCUGGCGGGUGGGGUCGAACACAGUGAUUGACAGACGUGCAAUAUAAAGAGCCGGGGCGGAGGUCUGAUUAUAAUCUUCCUGAAUUUGCGGAUUUGUUGAUUAGGUUUCAGAUCUACUCUUAAUCUCACCAUGGCUCCUACACAACUGGAAGCCUGUAUGGCUUCACUGAUUUCUGUCUUCCAUAAAUAUGCUGGAAAUGAAGGUGACCCAUACACACUGACUGGGAAUGAGAUGAAGGAUCUUCUGAAUCAGGAGUUCAGUGGUUGGUUACAGCACCAGAAUGAUAAAGGAAGUGUGACAAAGAUCAUGAAUGACUUGGACAGCAAUCGUGAUGGGGUGUUCGACUUUCAGGAGUUUGCCGUGUUUGUCAUUUCUAUCACUGUUGCCUGUAAUGAGCACUUUGUGGAACUGUUAAAGAAAAAACAGAAGGCAUGAAAGGCCAAAACUCUACAGCCUGCAGCUCUAGUCUCAAGGAAACAUUUAGUUCCCAACCUUGUAUUUUGCUGCACUUAAAUAAAGUAUUUCAUGAAAUGUG